AAUGGCGUAAUCUGAACGAAAACAAUGUGGUGCUGAAAAUAUAGGUGGGAAACGAGAGGAUUUCGUUUCAUUCACCGCACCGACAACUUUAAAUCCUGCAACACUAUGACGGUGUGCAACUUUUGGAUGCAAGGCCGGUGUCGAUAUGGCGACAAGUGUUGGAAUGAGCACCCAAAAGCAGGCGGUGGCGGCUACGGUGGAGAGUACAACAGCCGUCCCCCUCAACAGUCCAACAGAGGCGGGGCAGGAGGGUUUGGGAACAGAGUGUGGGUGAACCCAGCUCAGAGGUCUGGAGGAGGAAACUAUGUCCAGCCGUCAUCCUUCUCCUCCCAGCAGGGUGGGGAUGACUGGGGCAGAGGGGGAGGAGGAGGGGGAGGUGGUGGUGGUAACAACUGGGGUCCAGGAGGAGGAGGAGGAGGAAGGGACAGCCAAGCCCAGAGCUCCAACUUCAGUUUCGCAGCCUCCUCUCCAAACCAAAACAGAUUUUCUGCCUUAAACACUCAAAGCAGCUUCGACAAAGGUGGGAGAGGAGAAGGGGAAGACAAUGAAAAACACUUGGAGACCAUCCAGAAAGACAUGGAGAUCUGGGAGACUUCAGGACAGUGGCUUUUCUCCUGUUACUCUGUCCUCAAAGCAACCAUCUCAGGGUUUACAGAGCUCUCUCCAGAGGAGCUGAGACUGGAGUACUACAACACCAAGCCAUCAGGAGACCUGCAGGGAUAUGUUAACGUCAUCAAUCAGCUGGUCAACCAAUGGAGAAGCAGAGUCCAGGAGCUGAGGGCUAUGAGCGGCAACACCAGAGUCGCUAUGCUUGCAGAGCUGGACAACCCAGCACCACAGACAGCGUCUGGAGGUUUUGGGUCGACACCAGUGACCGGCUUUGGGUCCUCGGCACCAUCUGGCUUUGGAACGGGAUUCGGAGUGCCGGCCCAGGCCCCAGUCCAGGACACCACAGGUGCCAGUAAUUUCAGCUUUGCUGGACCAGGUGCAGCUUCUGUUUUCGGUAGUCCUGCAGCAGCCGUCGCACCAGCUCCCACUGGGAUUGGCUCUAUGGCCACCACUGUUCCCUCGGCAACAGGUUUCUCCUUUGCCACCCCUGCUGCCAACAAGGAGCCAACUACAGCCGGUUUCGGAGCUCCUGCCUCUGCGUCCGGGUUUAGCUUCGCCUCGACGACCACUGGUGGAGGAGGAGCAUUUGGAGGGAGUGGUUUCGGGAGUGCAGCGCCAGUGGCUGCAAGUGGUUUUGGACAGGCGAGUGGAGGGUUUGGGGUUAUGGCCCCAGCAGACAGUCUCUUCACCCCCCAGAGCCAGCUGAGUGAAGAGGAGCUGAAGGAGUUUGGAGGGAAGAGGUUCACCCUGGGACAGAUACCACUCAAACCCCCCCCUGUUAAUAUGCUGGUGGUCUGAUCCCACCAUGGAACCACUCAAACCCCCCCUGUUAAUAUCCUGGUGGUCUGAUCCCACCACUCAACCCCCCCCCCCCCCCCGUUA